AUGUCGUACUCAAAGGUCUCAAAAUUCAAGUUCCAGAAUACUGAGAUCAGAACUCGUAUAUACCAUGCUUUGGACAUGCUUGAGCAUCAAGUCUCCAUUCGAGAUUGCCUGGAAGCGCUGUUCCCAAAGAGUGAUCACUUGGCCACGAAGGCCAGGAUUCUCUACCAGUCCUUCAUCCCCAAUACCAUUCAUUCCAGAUUCACGAUGGGAAAAGGGAAAGUCACCUUCCUCUCACUCAAGUACCUUGGUAUGGUCUUGAACAAGCUCCCACCCAACGACCAUAGCCGCGAGUUGAUGCAGGCGCUGAAGCUUCAUACGUCACCCAUCACCGCCACCCACGAAACCGCCAUGGAUGUCGACCCUGGUGAGGUCCCAGCAGCGGAUGACGAUCUCCCUGAAGCAGGUGCUUCCGCAAUUUCGCACCCGAUUACCAGCGACUCGGUCGAAACGGAAGAGCUCGUUCAGGUUGAGAAAGAUUCAACCAACCCCCCGCUGCAUCCUGAUACCAUCGAGUCACAGGAGCAGACAACAACCGUGGCUACGACGACCACGCAAGAUAUCCAAAUCCAGUGGACAAACGCCAAGACCAUGGAGACAAGGGUCGAUUCCUUUACCAGGGUCGAACAGGGUGAUUUGAGCAACACCCUCUUCCAGUCCACCCAGCAGACCAUUGCUCGCUUUGGCGGUGGGUGCCUCUACGUCACCCUCAUUGGAUAUCUGCGUGGAAAUCCAGUCAUCAAAUUUGGCCAGACAGACAACUUCGACAGGAGAUAUCAAGAGCAUAUCAGUGGAAUCGGCCCCAACAAGACCAUUGGCGUCCUUCACACCCUUCAUCCCAGACGUGUCGAGAAGUUUUUUGCUGAUCGCUUCUUCGCCGGGCAUCGUAUCACUGCCACCAUCCCUGGAUCGAGUGGACGGCUCAAAACUCAGACAGAGCUCUUCCUCAUCCACCUGGACCUAUAUGAUCCAGAACGCAUCAUGGCCUUCAUGCAAGACUGUGUUGAUGCGGUCGAUCGUGAAUUCACUAGCGACAGCGACAAAGUGAAGAUCGCAAGACUCAAGCAUCAAGAAGCGAUGGUAAAGAUGGAGCUUGAGAAAUUCAGAUUGGAGCUCCUUGCAAAUCUCAUCAAAGAUGGGAAGGACGUCACACCCCUGCUCAGAAUGACUGGGGGCACAGCAGUGCCCUCAGAGACUCCGUCUGCCUCGGGCCCGGAUGCGGUCGGCAGUGUUUGA